CUCCAGGGGCGGAGCUCGCGGCGGGCGCGGUGCGUACUUCCGGCUGCCGGGUUGACAUGAAGAAGCAGCGGCGGCUAGGGCGGCGGUAGCGGCGGUAGUGGAGGCUUGCAGCGGGCCUCGGGGCUAAGAGCACGACGCGGCCUGGAGCGGCAGACGGCGCAGUGGGCCGAGGAGGAGGCGCAGCAGCCACCCUGGCCCGUCAUGGAAAUGGAAAAGGAGUUCGAGCAGAUCGACAAGGCCGGGAACUGGGCGGCCAUUUACCAGGAUAUCCGACACGAAGCCAGUGACUUCCCAUGUAGAGUGGCCAAGCUUCCUAAGAACAAAAACCGAAACAGGUACAGAGACGUCAGUCCUUUUGACCAUAGUCGGAUUAAGCUACAUCAAGAAGACAACGACUACAUCAAUGCUAGUUUGAUAAAAAUGGAAGAAGCCCAAAGGAGCUACAUUCUUACCCAGGGCCCUUUGCCUAAUACGUGUGGACACUUUUGGGAGAUGGUGUGGGAACAGAAAAGCAGGGGUGUUGUCAUGCUCAACAGAGUGAUGGAGAAAGGGUCGUUAAAAUGUGCACAGUACUGGCCACAAAAAGAAGAAAGAGAAAUGACCUUUGAAGAUACGAAUUUGAAAUUAACAUUGAUCUCUGAAGACAUCAAGUCGUAUUAUACAGUGCGGCAGUUAGAAUUGGAAAACCUUACGACUCAAGAAACUCGAGAGAUCUUACAUUUCCACUAUACCACAUGGCCCGACUUUGGAGUCCCUGAGUCACCAGCCUCGUUCCUGAACUUUCUGUUCAAAGUCCGAGAGUCAGGCUCGCUCGGCCCGGAGCACGGCCCCAUCGUGGUGCACUGCAGCGCCGGCAUCGGCAGGUCAGGGACCUUCUGUCUGGCCGACACCUGCCUCUUGCUGAUGGACAAAAGGAAAGACCCUUCUUCCGUUGAUAUCAAGAAAGUACUGCUGGAAAUGAGGAAGUUCCGGAUGGGGCUGAUCCAGACAGCGGACCAGCUGCGCUUCUCCUACCUAGCUGUGAUCGAGGGUGCCAAGUUCAUCAUGGGAGACUCCUCAGUGCAGGAUCAGUGGAAGGAGCUCUCCCACGAGGACCUGGAGCCCCCACCCGAGCACAUCCCCCCACCUCCACGGCCACCCAAACGCGUCCUGGAGCCACACAAUGGGAAAUGCAAGGAAUUCUUCCCAAACCACCAGUGGGUAAAGGAUGAGACUGAGGAGGAUAAAGACUGCCUCAUCAAGGAAGAAAAAACCAGAAGCUCCUUCAGUGUCCCCUGCAGCACGGAGAGCACGAGUCAAGACACUGAAGUUAGAAGUCGGGUCAUGGGGGGGAGUCUGCGAGGUGUCCAGGCCGCCUUCCCCGCCAAGGGGGAGCCAUCGCCACCCAAGGAGGAGGAGAACCACACUCUGACUCACUGGAAGCCCUUCCUGGUCAACAUGUGCAUGGCCACAGUGCUCACGGCCGGCGCAUACCUCUGCUACAGGUUCCUGUUCAACAGCAACACAUAGCCUGACCCUCCUCACUCCACCUCCACCCACUGUCCGCCUCCGCCCGCAGAGCCCGCGCCCGACUAGCAGGCAGGCUGCGGCAGGUAAGGGCCGCCGGACAGCGCGGAGCCGGGCCCUGGACAGAUGUUGGUUCUGCACUAAGACCCCCCUCCCCGGCUGUGUGUCUCCCCCUCAUCCUUUUACUUCCCCCCCCUUCCCCUUCCUUCCUUCCUUUGAGUUCCAAAUCCACAAGCCAUUUUUGGAGGAGAGCAAAGGAGAGUACCGUGCUGGUGGCACAGAGGAGAGGUGGCCCACACCAGUCUCGGGGCUCACCCCAUCCAAGUGCUCCCUCUUGGUGCAUCCCAGCACAUCCUGGGGGGUGGCGCACCGACACCCCCCCAUGGGCCUCCGUGGAGUCUGCGUGUAGUAAGCCUCUCCACUCCAUAUUUAUUUUUAAGUUUUUUUCCCCAAAAGUGUCCGUAGUGCACUAGCAUUUUCUUAAACCAAUAAUGUAUUAAAAUUUUUUGAUGUCAGCCUUGCAUCAAGGGCUUUAUCAAAAAGUACAAUAAUAAAUCCUCAGGUAGUACUGGGAACGUAAGACUUUGCCACGAGCCUGCUGCGUCAGACCAGUACUGGGAAAGAGGACGGUUGUAAGCAGUCGUUAUUUAGGGGUAUUGUGGGUAACGUGAGAAGAUAGACAAUGGUGUAAUAUAUAAUGAACACUUGGCUAUUUAAUAAGAUCCAUGAUGUGAGAUUCCUUUGUCCCCAUUAUCCUCCCCCUAGAACCUUGUUCUCAAUCACCGCUUUCCCCGUGUGUAUUAGAAUGCAUGUAAGGUCCUCCCGUGUCCUGAUGAAAUACCAUGUGCUUGAAACGAGGAACUUCGGUUUCUGCUUACUAAUGUGCCCGUGUCCAAGUCCAGCCUGCCUUUGCAUGAUCUGAUCAUUACACGGCUGUGGUUCCUAAGCUGUUGCUGAAGUAAUUGCCAUUCAGCAAUAGAUGAUGUUUUCCAGUAACAGGUAUUUGCCUAAUUCCUGGCAUGACACUCUGGUGACUUCCUGGUGAGACCUGGCCUGUCCUGGUGCAGCCGGCUCUCACCGCAACUCAGACAUUCCAAGGGUUUCGGAAGCCAUAUUCACACCUCACGCUCUGGACGUUUAGACGGGCAGGGACCCCCACUCCUUUGGGAUCAGCCUCCACUGUUCCAAGUUCACGCUCUCCUUGAGCAGACCGUGAUUUGGAAGCAAGGCAGCUGUUGGAAGCCACACUUCUUGAAACAGCCGGGCGACGGUCCCUUAGAGUCAGCCUGCUGCCGUCUCCGUCCAGGUUCGCCUUGCUGAGAGAGGUGCGUCUGCCCCUACCUUGAACCCUGUGGGGACUGAUGGUGCUCACGACUCUUCCUUCGAGGGGGACUUAAGCCCUCUACGUUAAGUGGCUUUUUUUACAAGAACAAAAAGGCAGCUGUAGCUCCCAAGCUACUCUCUUGCCAGCAUUUUCACAUUUUGCCUUUCACGUGGGAGAAGCCAGUACAGAGAAAUUCUGUGGUGGGAACAUUUGCAGCAUCGCCCCACGGAGCCUUGGUGAGGUGUGGAUAAGGCUUAGGUGCCAGGCUGUAGCAUUUUUGAGUUGGGCUUGUUUUUCUUUAAGUCCUGUAUAUGUACGUAGUAGUUUGGGUGUGUAUAUAUAGUAGCAUUUCAAAAUGGAUGCGCUGGUCUAGCCGCCUACUUGGAGAACGGAUGGCUCUCCACCUUGUCACACGUAUGUUAGAGGUAGCGAGCUGCUCUGCUAUAUGCCUUAAGCCAAUAUUUACUCAUUGGGUCAUUAUUUUUUACAAUGGCCACGGAAUAAACCAUUUUUACAAAAAUAAAAACAAAAAAAGUGAGGUGUUUUGGUAUAAUACCUUUUCAGGUGUGUGUAUACAUGGAUGCAUGACUGGGUGGGGGGGCGUGUCUCAGGGUCUUCUGUGACCUCACAGAGCUGUCAAACUGUACAGUUUUCCAACUUGCCAUAUAAGUGAUGGGUUUGCAGUUUAGUUGCAAAAUAAAAUUUUUUUCUAAAGAACAUG